AUGCAUGCCUCUGAGGCUGGGGGGAAGCAAACAGAGAUUGAGAAAGAGAAGAUGCAAUUUCAAUUUGAGCGACUGCACCAGUUCUUGGAAAAACAAGAGCGUCUCUUUCUGGCUUGGUUGGAAGAGCUGGAGAGAGACAUAGAGACCAGGAAGGAUGAAAGUAUCACACAGCUCUCAGAAAAGCUUUCCUGUCUUGAUGCUCUGCUCAGGGAACUGGAGGAGAAAUGUGAGGAGCCAGCAAUGGGAUUUCUGGAGGAUGCCAGAAGCACCUUGAACAGAUGUGAGACAGAGAGAGCCUGGCCCUCAGCACUUUCUUGUCCUGAAACAAACUGGAGGAUUUGGUUAUUUUCUCAAAAUAUUACUUUUCUACAGGAGGCUCUGGAGAAACUGCAAGGCAAUAUGGAAACGGAGAGCUUAAAGAGGAGUGUGAGUGUCUGUGCAGGUGCUGUUCUCAUGAUGAUUGCACUGAAGCUGGAUGCUAAUUCACAAUAGGGUGAAUGAGUGAGAAAUUGUCCCUAGGGAGGCUACUCCUGAU